GGCGGCGAUGGCGUUCAGGUCCGGAGGCAGGUUGGGCGCGCGGGCCGGCAGGCUGUGUCUCCCCUUUCGGGGCCCGGAGCAGCUUUGCAGGCCGGAGGAGCAGGCCGAGGGCGGCUGGGCGCAUGCGCGAUACCCCGGCCCGCCUGCAGGUGGCGCUGCGCAGGGCGGGAGCGGCGGCGGCGGCGGCGUGGGGGUCCCUCGGGUGCUCCCCCUGCGGCCCGGCGGUUGGCAGGGCCGUACCGGAAGCUCUGGGUCCGCCCACGGCCGGAAGGCGGAAGCGUCGGAGGCCGGGUCUCCCGGGCAACAGCGUCAAGGCGGCGAGGGUGGCUCCGGCCCGAGGGGGCCCAUGGGGAACCGGAGGGGCGGCCUGCCGGACAGGUGGACUGAUUACCUGCCUCUUGGAAAAAGAAUGUCCGGGACCCGCUUUAUUGCCUUCAAAGUUCCCCUGAAGGAGAGUUUUGAAUGGAGGCUUGCCCCAGAUGAGCGUUUUUCUCCCUUAGACCUUAUCACUCAAAUCAAAGAGCAAAAAGAAGAGCUUGGUUUGAUCAUUGAUUUAACAUAUACAACACGCUAUUAUGAGCCAAUGGAGCUACCAGAUACACUGCAAUAUUGUAAGAUUUUAACAAUUGGACAUAAAGUACCUAAUCACGCUAUAGUUUCUAAAUUCAACGGUGCUGUGAAAAAAUUCCUCAAAGAGAACCAGCAUAAUGACAAACUUAUAGGAGUCCACUGCACACAUGGUUUGAAUCGAACAGGUUACCUUGUUUGCAGAUACCUUAUUGAUGUUGAAGGAAUGGAUCCAAACAGGGCAAUAGAAUUAUUCAACAGAUGUAGGGGACAUCCUAUAGAGAGGAAGAACUAUAUUUCUGCUCUCCGGAAAACAUCUAGAACAAGGAACCAUCAUCAUAUGGAUGGUUCACAACGGAAUUGGAUGAAAGGGCCUGUGAGUUACGCCCAAAGCCCUGAUUAUGAAGAUGCUGACUAUGGACCACAGAACUGGAAACACGCACCAAGGAACCAUCAUCAUAUGGAUGGUUCACAACGGAAUUGGAUGAAAGGGCCUGUGAGUUACGCCCAAAGCCCUGAUUAUGAAGAUGCUGACUAUGGACCACAGAACUGGAAACACGCACCAAGGAAUUUUCCACUUAGGAAAGGUGGACGAAGCCAAAAAAGGAAGCAUCCCCAAAUCUGGAACCAGAAUCUCAUCACCUGUUACAGCGAAGGGAACCAAGCGUGCAGUCCACAACGACCCCCUUCAGCCGACAUGAGGCAUCAGAGAUCAGGUCACGAUGUCAGGCCCAGCAAUAGGCUGUUCUUCUCCCAGGAACAGUUUCAAGGAUAUCAAAGACCCUCUUUUCAAGAACUAAAUCCUCAUGGCUCGCUGCGACAACAUAGAAAUCAAAUAGACAAGCAAUACUGUUGGAUCCCUUAAUCAUGAAAAAAGUAUUUGGCAAGAAAAGAUAAUCUGUGGAAUUGAUGCUUACAGUAAAUUACACCGUUGCUGUUUAAGAAUGCUUUCUAGUUGCAUCCAAUUCUACAGUUGCCACCGCAUCAUUUAGUUGCCUUUUUGGAAGAAGAAAAGAAGGGAACUGGACACCUGAUAAACACAUUUCCAACAGAAGGAUUCUGUUAAGGAAAGGGUAUUCAAUGAAUUCACCCAAAAUGUUUCCUUCUUGGAUGACUUGAGAACAGAACUUUU